AUGAUCCUCAUUGACGUGAAAGAUCUUCCAGAACUUUCACUCGAGCAGGAGUUCAGUGGAAGCUUCAACCGGAUCUACGUGUGUCCCUGUGGCGACCGGCCCAUAGAGGCCGAAGAGCUGGCGGAGGAGUUCGUGAGCUGCGUGCUGCGCUUCAUGACCGGGGAGUCUUUAGUCACCUCCUCGAUGUCGAUGCACAGCAGCUUUGAGACUGACCUCGCCGCCGCGCGGGCGGAGCGACAGAGAGAGAAUAACGCAACGGGCGCGGCGCUGGCGGACGAGAUGGCUAAGUGGACCGAUGAGGAGAUCUCCCAGUGCUGGGCAUCGACGCAAGGCGUGAUCCGUGCGCUGUCGACCACUACUGGGUGUGCCUCCGCGGUCUUUCAGGUCCUCGACGAGGAUUCGGAUGGCGCCAUCGACCGAGAAGAAUUCCGGAAAGGAUUGAGGCAGCUCCUUGCAGGGAACAACCUGCUGCGGAACAUGCACGUGUGGGAGCCCUUGCUCUGGAAGCUCGUGGAUGAGGACUCCAGUGGUGUGGUCUCCCCGCAUGAGAUGAACUUGGCCUUCUCGGUGCGA